AUGCCCCCCCGACUACCACUCCCUGCGCUCCUCCGCGCCCCCUCCACCCUUCUCCCCCGUGUCCGCACCUACGCCAGCAUCGCGCACGCACCUGCCGCGGCACCCCCUAUCGCCCGCCGCGCAGCCACACAGCCUGAAUCGCACAAAGCCGCAUCCACGCGCAAGACCCAGCUCCACCGCACCUACCUCUCACUCAUCCGGUCUUCGCCGCUGCUGAUCAUCUUCCAGCACAACAACCUUCGUGCUGUCGAGUGGAGCGCGCUGCGCCGUGAGCUCAAAAACGCUCUCACAAAGCUGGACGCUGCCUCAGCACCGCUGACCACAAUCAACCUGGUGCGGCCUGCGCUGUUCUCGUCGGUGCUUAGGGUCGCCGAAGGCUUUGAUAAAGAGCAUAGGUUCGAUAAUGGUCUUGCCGGAACAAGUAAGGAGGCGUAUAAGAGUACGUUGCAUCUCAAGGAGACGCUGGAUCUGCAUCCGCUGCUGACGGCGAAUGUGGCGACACUGUCGAUGCCCGUUGUGGCGCCGGCGCAGCUGAAGCUCAUACUGGAGCUCAUGUUCCCUGAGAAGAGGUCGAAGAAGGGGCUGGAUCCGUUGGCGCUGAGCGGACUGCAGAAGUUGGUGCUACUGGGCGCGAGGGUUGAUGGCCAUGUUGCAGGAGGGAGGAUUGGUGAGGGCAGGGUCCUGGAUGGGGAUCAGUUGAGGGCAUUGAGCCAGCUCAAGAGCGUCGAGGAGAUGAGAGGAGAGCUGGCCGCCAUUCUGCAGAGCGUUGGUGGUGGAGAGCUGGUCAGGAGCUUGGGAAGCGUGGGGUUGACGCUGACGAGGACGGUGGAUGGGAGGAGGAAGAUGUUGGAGGAGGGGGCGAGUGAUGGAAAACCUGUAGAGGAGACAAAGGCCGAGUAG